AUUUCAAUCCAAUUAAAUUGCAGUUAUGGAGAGGAAAAAGGGUGGAGGUGUAAACAAAACAGUGCUGAUUAUGUUUGGGUAUUAGAUCCCAUUGAUGGAACUAAGAGCUUUAUCACUGGAAAACCCUUAUUUGGCACUCUCAUUGCUCUUUUGCAAAAUGGCACACCAAUCCUUGGCAUAAUUGAUCAACCUGUUUUAAAAGAAAGAUGGAUUGGGAUAACUGGAAAGAAAACUACUCUGAAUGGACAAGAAGUGUCCACACGCACUUGUGCGGACCUUUCUCAAGCAUACCUGUACACUACAAGCCCGCAUCUUUUUAGUGGAGAUGCAGAAGAGGCAUUUAUCCGAGUUAGAGACAAGGUUAAAAUUCCAUUAUACGGUUGUGACUGCUAUGCAUAUGCUCUUUUAUCUUCUGGCUUUGUGGAUCUUGUAGUUGAGUCCGGUCUGAAGCCGUACGACUUUCUUGCAUUGAUACCUGUUAUUGAAGGCUCUGGAGGUGUCAUAACUGAUUGGAAAGGACAUCAACUCCGUUGGGAAGCUUCGCCACUUUCAAUCGCUACAAGUUUUAAUGUUGUAGCCGCCGGUGACAAACAGAUUCAUCAACAAGCUCUAGAUUCAUUAAAAUGGUAGUAUGGAUGCUUCAAGUCUCUAAUCUUCUUCAGAAGCCAAUUUCUAGUUUAGAUGUUCCUAAAGACGCGUAUUAUGAUUCCAUUGUCACGCAUCUAUUUAUCAAAAUCUGAGAUGUACUAUAUAAGGAAAGGUGAGUAGUCAGUGAAGGAUAAUUGUCAGAGUACAAAUGUAGAAGAGAUGCUAAUUCAGUCUUAGGACAUGGUUUCGUUCAGAGUGGCAAAACUUAUUCUUAAGAAUGGAAUGCUGAAAAUAAAAUGUAACUUUGUUUGUUAUGAAAGAAUAAAAAUAUGUUCCUAGAUGCAAUUUAUACCA